AUGGCAUGUAACAUACCCGACCAAAGACAGCGAACUAUGUCAACAACGGGAAACGCUCUGUAUGAAGUUCUUGGUCUGCAUAAGGGGGCUUCAUGUGAAGAAAUUAAGAAAAGCUACAGAAAAUUAGCCCUGAGAUACCAUCCAGACAAGAAUCCAGAUGACCCGUCUGCUGCUGAGAAGUUUAAAGAAAUCAACAACGCCCAUGCAGUCCUCACCGACCCAUCCAAAAGAAACAUAUAUGACAAGUAUGGAUCGCUGGGGCUCUAUGUGGCUGAGCAAUUUGGAGAUGAAAACGUUAACACAUACUUCAUGCUGUCAAGUUGGUGGGCAAAGACCCUGUUCAUCAUCAUCGGUCUCUUGACGGGCUGCUAUUUUUGCUGCUGCCUUUGCUGCUGCUGCAACUGUUGUUGUGGGCACUGUCGGCCAAAGUCAUCGACACCGGAAGAGGACUUCUACGUGUCACCAGAGGACCUUGAGGAACAAAUCAUGACUGACAUGAAAGAAGACAUGGACUUUCCAGUUGUUCUCCAGCCUACAAAUACAAACGAGAAGACACAGCUAAUCAGAGAAGGAUCUCGAAGUUACUGCACAGACUCUUGA